AUGGAGCAAAAUGAUAGCCAAUCCAACGACACUGAGAGUGUGCUACUUGGUUACAUCAAGGACUGCGGUUUAGACGGAACACUUCUGGACGCGCUACACGACGACGCGCAAUUUGAGUACCGUAUGAGUCUUGCUGACGCACUGCACGCGCAAUUUGAGACAGCUCCAGAAACAGCAAUAAAGACAGGUGAAUUGGUCCUAGAACCGAUGCUACCAGUUGAACAGGAGGAAGAGAUUCCUAUGACAUCGUCGAAUUGCUCGAGCUGCAACAAGAAGAGAAGGAAACGAAAGAGAACCGGCACUUCAGAGGCGAAGAAGAUGAAGUUGUCUAUGAUGUACGCGACUUUGGUCCACAGAACAACGUUUAUGCGAGAGAGUUUCUCUGCCUCUCAAGUUUUGGUUCAACGCCGAAAAGCGAGCAAACCCACCGACGAGGAAUUGACGAUGAUGGUUCCGGUUUACUGUAUUCACUUGAAAGAGGAUUUUGACGCGCUCUGGAGUGUAACAAUUCCAACGGAUGAAGCAAUCAUGGACGCGUGUUCCACAUUGGAAAUUUCUAACAAAUCAUUAUUAAGAGAAGUAAUGAUGAUUGUGGCUAACGCGCAAAAGAUCUAUCUGGGUUCCUAG